AUGUCUACCCUAGUGGCUCAGCAUGACAAAAAAUCCUUCUGUAGCUCAUUUCCUCCCAAGCGCCCCAAACGCUCCCGCAGACAAUGUGAAACCAGAAGCAACUCUGCUCCACAGACACUUGCCAACCAGAAGACAUCCAAUCUCAUGAAAGCAACAUCACCAGGUUUAUCACCACAAGAUAGUACUGGAAAUGGUUUAGAGUCCAUCAAAUCACUUGUUGAGGAAGAGGAGGCACCAGAUAACACACCAGUUGCAGUUCAGUUACACAUCCCUACUUUCACAGAUCCCAGCCCAUUGCGUGAUGUCUGCCAGCGGUCCAUUGGUUCUGAUCACUCUACCUCCAAUGUGCGGAGGGUAUUAAAUUAUUUAACGAAAUCAGCUUUACACGAGAAUCGCAUGGAAUUCCACGGUGUGAGAGCGCGAGAAUUUGAGUCAAUAGAGCGAAUAUUGGGCGAAACGGCCCGAGCAAUGCUAAACUUGUCCAGGCUAGCUUACGAUUACAACACUCGCAUCCUCAUCAUCAGCAUGCCCACCGUUCUCCAUGAAACAUUGUUCGACGAUUUGAAGGACUUGAUAGGCGAUGCCAUCAAGGCUUUUCCAUAUGAUCGCGCUAUUAUCUCCCCCAAGAUCCACAUGACGCGACCUCUCGAUACCAAAGACGGAUGGGUCACACCUGAUAUGACUAUAUCCGUUACCGCUUUGGAGGGACCUACAGAAGUUGUGAUGAUCCCUUUCUAUGGGGAGUGCGCUCUCACGGAGACUGAUGAACAUGUAUUUGGAAAGGUGGAAGACGUGAUAGCAGCGCAUCCGGAUGUCAUCUGUGUGGUUGUGGUAUUAGUACGCGAAGCUACGAAGUACGCCGCUCCGGUUGCAGAUUCCACCGCAUCAAAGACCUUGCAUGGUGGCACUGACAGUGAACCGCAACCCCUCACUCUCAAAUCAUUCAUCAAUCUUCGCACCACGCCACGUUCAUUCGGUGAGCCCGUCAUGGUGGCCGAUCACACUUGGUGCCACGUCGCUUCAGUUGAAUACUUUGUGUGGGUGAGGAAAGAUGAGACUCCGAUAGAUAUCCGUUCUGAUGAUCCUGCGGACAUGGCCUACGGUAUUUUGGUACCCAUGAUAGACAUGAACGCCGUCAUGCAGAUGCUCGAACGAGGGUUAAUCAAGAUCAAGGAGUCGUUCGUCGCUUUCCAGAAGCAGAUCGAACCUCACCUCGACUUCACCAUUCUUGAGGAAGCACGUAUCACAUCCUUAUCUGACUGGGACUGGAACGCGGCGUCAAAACGACUCAUGUCUGCUUCAGACAUCACCGCCCACAAACGCUAUCUCGAGUGGUACAAGUCGCUUUUCAUGACUGAGGACAGUGACAAUGCCCCUUACGUCGAUUCGCAGGAGGUAGAUGAGGGAAAUCAAGUGAUUGCUGAGGGCUCGGAGCCGUCAACAAAUGAGAGUACCUCUCGGCUCGGACCCGUUACAAGUGAUCAGAUCAUAGAGUCUGUUGAAGCAGGUGGUUGCGCAACCCUCACAUUGCCACGCCGCUUUCAGUUGCAUCCUAUAAAGCAGCGACGUCACCAUGAGGACUCUAUCGCUCGUCGUUUCGCAGACUGGUACAAACAAUCUCAUUUCAGAGACAAGUUUGAUAUUCACCCGUGCGCUUAUUCGAUGUUUCUUCGCAUCGUGGGCUGGUUCCAUGAGGAUAUCUCCUCACACUCUAACUCGCCAACUGGUACAAGACCCCGGAGGUAUAUUCUGCUGCAGUCUGUACCCUUAUAUGCUAUUCACGUCUUGCCCCUGAUGGCCACUUCGUCUUCGCGUCUCUCCAUGCUCAAGGCAAAAGCUUAUAUAUCCAAUCUGUUGACCCGUCAGAUGGAGGAUGAGACCUUCGAAUUCAUUCUUGGCCGCCUGAUCACGACGCUUCACGGUGUUGCCAUUGACGAACGUCACACACCACGCCCAUAUUCUUGA